AUGAACAAUAACAGUAAUAAUAAAAGUACUAGUGUUGACAGUACUACUACUACUACUACUACUACUACCAACACAAACUCACACUUGCAUAAUUCUACAUCAACUACUCCAACACCAAUGUCUUCGCACCAAGAGAAUUGCCAAAAUCUAAACGGAAAUGGAAAACAUGUUUCUUCAAAAGAAAAGAGUUUAAAACACAAUUUGAUCAAUAAUAGCUCUACAGCUUCAUUCACAUUUGACUCGUCACUCAAUGAAUUGUACCCUGACCUUCCUCCCAACUACAAGCUAAUCUGCGUAUUAGGCGAAGGUGCCUUUUCUACAGUUUAUAAGGCAGUUGAUGUAACAAAGAACCAAGUGGUUGCCAUAAAGAUUAUUGGCAAGGCACACCUCUCUUCAAAACAAUUUCACAAUAUAAAAAACGAAAUCAAGAUUAUGAAACGAGUUCACCACCCAAACGUCUUGCAACUUUUCGACUCUUUUGAUACCGAGGACAAUUGCUUUUUAAUCUUGGAGUACUGCAAUGGGGGCGAAAUCUUUAACAAAAUAAUUGAAUACACCUAUUUUUCGGAAAAAUUGUCGCGGCACGUGUUUAAACAACUCUUGUCUGCCAUUGAUAAUUUGCACCGACUCAACAUUGUACAUCGCGAUAUCAAGCCGGAAAACUUACUUUUCAAAAAAAUUCCAUUUUUCUCCCGCUCGCUCGAAGAGAGUCGCAAGCUGUUGAGAAAAUCCGACGAUGAGUCGAAGGUAGACGAAGGCGAGUUUAAGCCACAUAUCGGUGGGGGAAACAUUGGUAUGAUCAAAUUGGCCGAUUUCGGUCUCGCAAAGCAGCUUGUAGACGACUAUGACCAAUCAAGCGUACCAUUAAAGACACCAUGUGGCACUGCUGGAUAUACCGCACCCGAGGUGAUUACAUGCAGCUCAAGAAACAAUGCAUACCUGAAUUACCUGAAUUACCAAAAUUACCUGAACUAUCCAAAUCACUAUAGUUCCAACACUCUGCGUAGAACGAGAAAGAAUCAUUACUCCAAAGCCGUUGAUAUUUGGUCCCUUGGAUGCUUUCUUUACACCAUUAUGUGUGGCUUUCCUCCAUUCUACGAAGAUGAGACCAACGACGUGACAAUGAAGAUUAUCAAUGGAGAUUUUGUGUUUUUGCAACCGUGGUGGGAUGAAAUCAGUGCUGAGGCAAAGGACUUGAUUACAAAGAUGUUGAUUGUGAAACCCGAAGAGAGAAUCACCAUUGCCGAGAUUUGGCAACAUCCAUGGGUUACCGAGGGCAAAUCAGUACAACAAGAAGAAAUGGGCCCCAAAGAAGCAACUAAUUAUUUCCAACAAAAUUACGAAGUUAGUCACGUUGAAGAUAUUGGGGCAAAUGACGAUGAUAAUUUGGUUGUUCCCAUGUCCAAUCAGCCUAUAUUAUCACCUCGCGCCAAAGCCAUCAAGACAGUUUUUGAUAAUCCAGCUAUGCUUGGAGAUAGUUUUAAGGAAUCUUCUUCACAGUUUAUCGAAGAUGUGGGCGAAGAAUCACUGCAAGAUGUCGAUGAAGAACUGGAUGAUGAUGAUGAUGAUGAAGAAGAAGAUGAUGAUGAAGAAAUUGGUAAUCAGCAUUCUGGAUAUGUGCGCACGCCGUUUCCCGAUUCACUCAAUUUCAAAAAUGUAUUUAAUGUCGAUAAGUCUCAACUUGAUGUUGACGGAGAUGUUGAUGCAGACCACGAAGAUGCUUUCGAUGACGAGAUUUCAGAGUUGGAUGAUGAAAUUUUGAGUUUGCAAUUAACACCAAAAUUGGUUACACGAUCACGCAGCAGCAGUUUGGCCAACCAUGUCAAUAACAACAACAACAACAGCAACAAUAGUGGCAACUUUAAUGCUGCAAAUAUUGGUGGAUCAAUGCAAAAUUCAUUCCCGUUCCCAAGUACAAAGAGUCUACAAAGCAAAAUCCAAGAGGAAAUCAAUAGAGAAGAAGAAGAGUAUUCUACUACAAAUUCGAAUCUGGACAAUGAAUUUUCAGAGUACCAGACUAGGUCAUCGUCAAUUAUUUCUGGAAUUAAUGGUGAUUACAAGUUUACAAUGGACUUGAAAGACUCCAAUUUGUUGGCAAGAAGGAAAUCGUCGAUUAAGAGAAAUGCACAAAAGAAUAACAUCUCUACAGUUGACGAAGUUGCUGAGAAUUGA